AUGCGUGACUUGGUCCGAAAAAUGAUUACGAUGCCCUCAUCAGGUGUUGGAGUUGGACAAGCUUACGGACCUGCUGUGGAAAAGAGUCUGGAGUACAUUUUCAGCACUGGAAUGGAAGCAUGCUUGAAUGGCGUUAUUCAGAAGGUCGUCCCAGUCAAAGACUUGAAGAUUGCGAUGGAGAUAUUUCAGCUUGUACUGCCACGAGCACAAGACAAGCCACAGCAAUGCCUGGCACCUAAAGUGAUUCAGCUUAUUACGAACAAUUUGCGAGUGGCAGUUCAGCAACUUGUGCUUAACUACCCACAGAGUGAUGCCCCAGCGUUUGAUGAACUCUACGCGAUUGACUUGCUGGGCAUGGUUAUUUCAACGUGUGAAGUUCAAUUCUUUUGGAGCAACGUUACGUCUGCGUCGGCGAAGCCUCGAAAUCUUGCACCGCGUGUUCUAAGCGCCGCUUUGAAGUACAACCCCGAAAAGGAAUGGCUUGGAAAUGCAUUCUUGAGAGAAAGUGGAUCUGACCACGAACUCGCGUCUUCAUGGCUUCUGGGAACCUUGGAUGUGGCUACAUUAAACUCAACACCGAUUGCUUGCAAGGUUGAGGAUACACCUUUUUCGCUUGCAAGUAAACAACGGUCAGAGGGACAAGAAGAUGAUUUGGAAGUGAAGCCUCAUGUGCGGGAUUCAGAUUCGUGGAUGAUGUUGACGGAUGGAAUUAUUUAUCACAUGCUCCGUAAAGAUCCUGUUGGCAUUUGCACUAUGGAUCCGCAAAUCUUGAGUCUUCUGCGUGAAGUAGCAUCCUCAUGCAAGUUCCCGACCGCCGUUCAUGCCAGCACAAAUGGACUUCAUGAUGUUGAAACAUUGUACGACCUACAUCUGGAUGUGUUUCAGUCGUUUUCCAGAAGCGCUGGCAAACAGUGGAGCUCAUUGGGAGAUUUGCGCGAAAAGAACCAGUUUCGUACCAAACUGAUGAGCAAUCAGUUCGGAAUCUUCAUCUCCUUCCUAGACGCGUUCAAGAUUAACUUUCGGCGAGCCUGUACCGAGAUUGACAGAGUGAAUCACAAUUGGCAUGCUUUUUCCGAGUUGUUUCUUCGCCAGGCUGGAGUCAACGCCACCGGAGGACGCUCGUAUCAUGAGAUGGAUGACACGAUCAAGUCAUUUGACGAAAGACUUACGGGGUUGACUACGAUGUUCCGGUUCAUGUACCAGUGCAUGGAUGCUUUUAUGUUCUACUGUGGUGAGAUGGCAAUUGGGAAAUCCAAUCUGUUUUUUGAUGCUAUGCAACUGCUAUUUCGGCAAGUAAACAGCGCCGAUGGGGUGCGAAACGUGAAUGAAGAGCUCCGAAAAGGGUUCUGUACCGGCUCCAUGGGCUUUGUCGAUAGCGUUCAACUGUUCUUUGCGCGUCAGAAGUACCCGAGUUUGCUCCACUGGUUUGCUCAGACGUCCGAGAUAUACCAGACUUUUAACAGCGGGUGGGAGGCGUCUCCUCUAAAAACAUUGCUGGUGAAUAUCUUGGACCCGGAUGGACCUCUUGGAAUUCACAGCUACUACCCUGGUGUCGAAUCUUCUAACGAGCAAGACAUCGACGUGAGGACAGUUCGUCGCGAAGCAUUUUACCUGUCGUGUGGUCUUUUCGACUGCAGAUGCACAAAUUCGUUCGAGCACUCGCGAGCUACCUCCUCCUGUUCACGCGUUCACCAACUUCGGCAGUUUGUACUGGGUGAUUUUAUGAGGGACACAUUUACUUUCGUGCAACGAGAUGGAGAUACAUCUUUAUUGGAGACGAUGGUACCUCUGUUUCAGUUUGUACGGGCGUUUCAACUGAAUGAGCUGCAUCCGUGUCUGGAAUGGAUGGUGGAAUGUCUGAUUAAGUAUGUACCUGGCGAAGAAGUGGUCAACAGCACAAUCAGCUGCGUUUUGUUGACCGAGUUAUGCGGAAUCGUGUGCGAAGCGAUUGCAUUCAACGAACACCGACCGAAGCUGGAGCUGAUCGACUUGGUUGAGCUCGUACUAGUGUAUCUGCAAUCUGUCUACGUUGCACUCUCCAGACGAACAACGACUAUGAUGAGCCCAUUCUUCGCCCCCUGUAUCGAGUACCCGCCGUCAGUGAAACUAAGCGAGUAUCGUUUCUCCCCAUCGACUUUCCCUGCGACGGAUCUUUUAGCUGCUAUUGGGCGUGUCGCUCAGCAGUGCCAGGCAUCAUCCGAUGAUCGACUUCGAUACUUCACGACGGUAGCACCUUGA